UGAGAAUCCAGACAUCUGCUCUUCACAUGAAUGCACUCACCUCCUAGAGAACAGCCUGCCAUCAUGCUCUGGAAACUGGUUGAAAAUGUCAAGUAUGAAGAUAUCUACGAGGACCGGCAUGAUGGAGUGCCCAGCCACAGUUCCAGGCUGUCCCAGCUGGGAUCCGUCUCGCAGGGACCCUACUCCAGCGCUCCUCCGCUCUCUCACACCCCAUCCUCGGAUUUCCAGCCGCCUUAUUUCCCACCCCCCUACCAGCCUCUUCCUUACCACCAAAGCCAGGACCCUUACUCCCAUGUCAAUGACCCCUACUCCCUAAACCCCCUGCAUCAGCCCCAGCAGCACCCCUGGGGACAGAGGCAGAGGCAAGAGGUGGGAUCAGAAACCGGGUCACUGCUGCCACAGCCUCGGGCCGCCCUGCCCCAGCUCUCGGGACUGGACCCCAGGCGGGACUACCACUCAGUUCGGAGGCCAGAUGUCCUCCUGCACUCAGCUCACCAUGGCCUUGACUCCGGCAUGGGGGACAGCCUUUCUCUGCACGGCAUCGGACACCCAGGCAUGGAGGAGGUCCAGUCAGUUGAAGAUGCCAAUAACAGCGGUAUGAACUUAUUGGACCAGUCUGUCAUUAAAAAAGUUCCGGUUCCUCCAAAAUCUGUUACUUCUUUGAUGAUGAAUAAAGAUGGCUUCCUGGGUGGAAUUUCAGUCAAUACCGGAGAGGUGUUUUGCUCUGUACCUGGCCGCUUGUCUUUGCUUAGCUCAACUUCAAAGUAUAAAGUAACUGUGGGAGAAGUUCAGAGACGCCUUUCCCCUCCAGAGUGUCUGAACGCAUCCCUCCUAGGAGGAGUACUUAGAAGAGCCAAAUCGAAAAACGGGGGGAGAUCUUUGCGAGAAAGGCUAGAAAAAAUCGGUUUGAAUUUACCAGCCGGCAGGCGUAAGGCCGCAAAUGUCACUUUACUCACCUCCCUGGUGGAAGGUGAGGCCGUUCAUUUAGCUCGGGAUUUUGGGUACAUCUGUGAAACGGAGUUCCCAGCCAAAGCUGUUUCUGAGUACCUGAACAGACAGCACACGGAUCCCAGCGACCUCCACUCCAGGAAAAACAUGCUGCUUGCCACAAAGCAACUUUGUAAAGAAUUUACAGAUCUCUUGGCCCAGGACAGAACGCCCAUUGGGAACAGCCGGCCCACCCCUAUUUUGGAACCGGGCAUUCAGAGCUGCUUGACUCACUUCAGCCUCAUCACCCACGGCUUUGGGGCCCCCGCUAUCUGCGCUGCCCUCACGGCCCUCCAAAACUACCUGACUGAAGCUCUCAAAGGCAUGGACAAGAUGUUCUUGAACAACAACACUGCUAACAGGCACACAUCUGGCGAAGGACCAGCUUUGCCCGCUUGGCUUAUGAGCUUCUUCAAAGAGGACUAGAGAUCCCUACACAAUAUAUCAGGUACAGAGAAAAAAAAUCCACAAUUCUGAUAUUCUGAUACUUUUUAUUUUUUGCUUUUUUUGCUUUUUCAAAUCAAAGCCAGUUGUUACUGAAUUCUGUAGGUGCACUUCUUUAAAGAAGCUCAAAGGGAAUAAUUUGAAAGAUAAAAAUAUGAGUUGAAAUUGAGGUGUACUGUUGCAAAGAGAAUAAGAGCUGUGUUGAAUGUUACGGCACUUGCUUGGCACUAGGGUUUUGUACCCAGGGAGGAAAGAGUUGCCACGUGAGCUGGCUCCUCGUGAUGGGAGUGGGGAGGGUUUGCCAGGGAAUAUCCUGAUUUCUGAGCUCAGUCUGAGGAAAUCUGUUUCUCUUAGAAAGCUUUUUUUUUUUUUUUUAAUGUCUUGUGACUCUUGCUUUGGAACAAGUCGGUGUGGUGAGGGGGGCAAAAACUUCUUAACUCCAAUGUUUGUCUUGGUGGUUUGGUGUCUGACAGGAUGUCUUAUGCAUAUGAUUUGGGUGGUGGGGGUGAAGGGGAAGUCUUAUUUCUUUCCUCUCUCUUUUUUUUUUUCAUUUUUCCACAUACAUUUCUCUGUGUUCUGUGGUAAAAAUAACGCUGAAGUGUAAGGACAUGAAUUUCAGUUUGGAUUCUGCCGUGUCGGGUAAUUGCAUGUGUUUCUCAGUGGGGUAGGGCUCGUGCACUAACACAGCUUUUUACUGAUGUCAGAACUGGGUGAGGGUAAAUCUCCUGGAGCUUCUGGCAAAAUUCCAGUGGGGUCAGGCCUCCCCGUAGGAUCCCUGUGAAAGCUGCAGGACUCAGUCCCACCAUCCCAAGCAGGCACACCUGAACUCAAAACAAGAGAGAGAGAGAGAGAGAGAUAAACCUCAGCCUUCCUUUCAUUUUGACACCUUCCAAAGGUGAUAGUGAGGGAGAAACCAUUCUGCAGAGCUCUCAACAUCCCUUGAUGAAAUAUCCUCAAAACAAAAGAGCAAACAAUCCUCUUGUGUCCUUUAGUGCCCUUGGCUCUCUGAGACAUGGUUACAGCUGAGGGCCUGCUCUGCUUUUCAAAUCUUCACGCAGACAAAUCUUCAAGCAGUUCUCUGCUUGUGAUUUGGGCACGCAUGGCAAUAGAAAUCCAGGGAUCAUCCAGCCCUUCCCGAGCUGCUCCUCGCUCAUGUACCUUUGGUUCUUCUGGGGCACUGGGGGCUCUCCUAUGGGGGAACUGAGGCAGGCAGCUUUCUCCAUGGAUUGGGAUGAGUUGGAGGCAGUCAUAGACCCUGGCAAGUCCCUGCCAGUGGGUUUGGUUGUCGCAGGGAUUGUCAUAUCCCUAUGGAUGUCACCAGAGGAGGUGUGGUGGUCAAACCAUGGGUCCCCCACCAGCAGGCUGGGGACCUUCAGGUUGAGAAUCAACAUCCAGGCAACCUCCAGGCCUCUAAAUCUUACCCUUUGCCAACCACCCCAAAGUUCAUCAGGAGCAAUCCAGGCUCCAGCGUAGGGCAUGGCCCAGCAGUGAUGCAAGGGAAAGGGAAAGAGGGAAUCUGGGGAGGAACAAAUGUUCCCACAUGGAAGCACAGUUCCCUUCUCUUCCUGAUGGGAAUAUCCUGUUUAUUGGAGCAGAGCACCAAGUGUUGGAUGUUGCCUUGCCUUCCCCCUGCAAAUAGGAUUUGUCAGGAACCUGUGGGUUCAGCCCUUCAGCAUCACCCAGCCCAGUGGGGCCUUUGGGUGUGGGGAGACCCCAAAUUAGCUCUCAGUCUUCCACAUCCCCAGCUGUAUGUGCAGGGACAUGGGAACCUGUCCCUGCUGCCCCAGAGCUUCCAGCUGGAGGCUUUGAGGCCAUGUUGGGAAUGGUCUUUCCUUUUCUUUGGGGAAAUGUAGGGGAUUCUCCUUUUAACUGCAGAGGACAGUGUCCCACCACCACUGUGGGUUAAUGGGGAGAGGGAACCCUUGGAACUUCUUGGGGAAAGGUGUGAGGGCCUGAUCCUGCUGCUGCUGCUGAAAUCUUCCCUAGACACAGGUUUGGUCACCUGGACCAUGACCUAAACCUUGAGCAGGUUGAGGGAAGAGUUUCAGUCUGUCCCUUGUGCCUUCUGCCUGGAGGAGACAAACUACAGAUGCCAGACUGUGCAGUGCUCAGGCAAAAUAAGGCCAAAUUCCCACUGAUUGCAGUGGGAUGUUCUCCCCUCAUUUGCUCCCCAAAAUGUGGAGACAAAAUUCACGAGGUUUAUGACUUAAAAUGCAAUCAGGCAGGAAAGAGGAGAGGAGCACAUCUCUCUGUCCUUCCCCCCAACCCAGUGCUGGUCCCACAGGGAAUUAUCCCUUGCUUGGUGGCUCCUAUCUGUGCUCAGUACAGAGAUCCCCCCAAACUAAACUCAGCCUCCCUCUGGAAGGUAUUUUCCUGCUCCCCUCCACUUUCCCAGCCCGACUACUUCUGUUGGCAGGGAACCUCAGACGUUUAUCUGAUAAUUGAGUUAUUAAAAGAUUUGGUUUCCUCGGAAUCAUGAAUCAAUAAACAGGAGGAUUAACAAGGCAGCUUUGCUUUGUAACUCAAGGGAAAAGUUUGAGGAGAGACCAUGAAAAGUUUGUUUUCAAACCAAACAGGUGGGUUGCUGUAAAUUUUAUUUCAUUCUUAGUU